AUAUGGUGUGAUGCGAUGUAUGCGUGCUAUACGGUAGUUUGGGUCUCGUAUGCGAGAGAACUUUGCGCAUAAAAAUAUAAUUUGAAUCUUCUGCAUAUAAAGUGAAUGCGUGUCGUUUCUGUUCUAGUUUCUGUUUGUGUUCGUGAAACGGUUAGCAUUCGUCAUUGGUCCAGUGCAUUGUAGCGCGCACAGUGGAAUAAAUCGAUAUCAUAACACACGCAGCUCUGCAUACGUACGUAUCAGUGUUCGAAAUAUAGUAUAGUUCGAAAAAUAACCCUGCGACCCUGACCUUGGAUGGAAAUGGCUCAGAAUCAAUAGGGUUCUCUCGCCCCAUAAGAUGCAGCUGUGGACCAAGUUUGAAAUUUCUACCUCUUACGGUUGCAAAGAUAUCGAGGGGACAGACACACAGACAUACACACCGCCACAUACACGAAACCGAAAUGGCCACGAAAACAAUUUCCUCCACGGCACUGCGUGCGGAGGAUAACUACUUGUACUUCGUCGAGUAGACGUGUUUGUCUGGUAUGUGACGUGUUAGCCUGUAUUGUGUUAUCUUAAAACACAACUUGGACUGACAAGACUUGUGCUCUACUUGUCAUAUCAAUUCACACAUCACAGAGACACGACCAAUAAAGUUGAGUGUAGAACGAGGAGCCAGUGCUAGCAGCAAUACUGUUCUGUCAUGGCAACGACGACCUACCUUCCCGUAGCGAUGGCAGCACCGGAUGCUAUCGGUAAUUCGUCGGUCUACUACCGAUGUACGGCCUGCUGGGAGUGCUUCUUCACAGUGAACGACUUCAGUUUUCACGCGCAGACCGCUCACUGCAAGAUGCUCAUCUGCGAAGGCCACAACUCGUGCGUCAACGAACAACAGCUGAACGUGCCCGCACAUCCCGCCAAGCAUUCUCCGCCAGUGCAGGUGAAGCAGGAGCCCGCUGCGGAUGGGUACGCAGAAGUGGAUUGGCGCGUGCCGCUCCCUGGAAGCGAUGAUGCCUCGCCGGAGGCGCGUGGCUGCGAGACUAGCGACAAUGAUGAACGGCUCGUCAUGAACUGGCUGCGGAGCCUAGCCAACCAACCGCGGCUCGGCGCGGUGACAUCGCCGCACGUUGACAACGGCGCGGGCUCCGGCCGGGAUGGCUCCCCUCCCGGAGAGGAAGCGUGCUCGACUCGUACGCGAAGACGGCGACAGCGAAAGCACGCUCCCUCGCUGAAGAUGCUGGUUGACGGGAGCGGCGAGUCGUCGCGGCAACCGCGGAAGCGCGCUGACACGGCAGUGCGGACGCGCGCGCGAGUCGCGAACGCGGCAGCCCUGGCAGUUGCCACGACGCCCGUGAAAACGGAUUGGAAGUGCGAUGACGUCGGCCAGCCGAUAAAGCGGGACUGUGAGCGAGUAACUAACGCUGCUGCGCCGGCGACGACGGCGGGCUCGCUCCGAGCGGAAUCGUCCGGCCUUGACGUGCGACGUCCGUCCGACGCAGGCAGCUUGGCGGCCGAUGACGAGGACCGUACUCGAGCGAGCGAAAGCGACGGCUGCGCGCCGGCUAGUCAUCGGGAGACGAAGCGGAGGAAGGUAGAGUGCAGGCAGUGCAACGCCGUGUUUAGCAGCGAGCGUCUGCUGAAACUGCACCGGGCGGCGGCCCACAGUCGCGCGUCGCGCCGGACGCACUGCGGCGCGACGGCAGAGCUGCAUAUCUUGUGUGUCCCGUGUGCUAAGAGUUAUUCGACCAAGUCGCAGCUGUGGCACCACAGACACUCGAAGGCGCACUCUUUGCACGUGUGCGACACGUGUGAGACAUACUACCGGAUACCCAGGAGAUUGACAGCUCACAAAUCGACCAAGAAGCACUUGGCUCGAUUUGCCGAGCAGCAGGCAGAGAAGACGGGCGGAACAAGAGGGAAGAAGUUAUACGGUCAGGCUGACUGUAAAGAUGAGGUGGAUCUGUGACAUCCGUUUGCAGAGAUUUGUGACCUGUAACACGCUGACUUCCCAUCGAUUAUUACACGGCAAAAAAGCUUUUAAUAGAGGGCGCUGAACAAUACUUGAUGUCUGUCCGAGGAUGGUUCCAGUGACUUUGUAUCGUAGCUGGCAGUGUUGAUCACCUGCCUAUGUGUAUUUGUCUGAUUCUCAUAAUCCUCAUUUGUUUCUUCUAUCCAGAAGAGGUUUAUCAUCCAUAAUCUACAUUAUUGCACAAACAUUAAGGCAAUAUCCACAAACCAUCCGGACACUCUAACCUAGUAUGCCAUCUGGGAUGAAGAGUACUAGCUAACUAUUCUGACACUGAUAUCUCUCUUGACGAUUUGUUCAUUCAUAUGAGUUGUGAAGGACUGCACAUGUUCAGGAUCAAGAGUGUGCCCCUUCUGCUGUAAAUGGCUCUCAAUCGUUAUAGAUGGUUGUUGUGAUCAUUUGGUUAUCGAAUUUCAAGCAAAGAUUUCCAUGUUAACAUUAGAUGUAUUAUUAUUAUUAUUACUGCUAUUUGUUUAAUUAGCUGGCAUAUACCGAUCAAAGAAUUGUGAUUGCACUGAGUAUAGGCAAGUCCAUUUCAUAGCAUUGAUUUGCUGACAUUGUAGCUUUAAUGAUGCACCGCUCAUGUACGUGUUCAUGCAUGGUAGUUAAGUAACUUCAAUCUGCGCACAUACUAACUGUCAUUCUAGUGGUCCUGUUUUACUGCAGUUAAAUAGUAUUUCAAUAAAAAAAUUAAAGUUUAAUUUUAAAAUAGGGGCUAAAACACUGCUAGCAUGCCCAAAAUACAUAAUAUAUUAGCACCAUAUGAAUGCACGUUAUGGUAACAUGGAUUUUUAUGCUCAAGUAAAUUUAUAAGCACUAACUCCCCCUUAUUUAUUUAUGUGUUAAUGUUAAUUUUAUAUUAGGAUAUAUGUGCCAGCUUGUUCCUGUAAUAUGCGCAUGACUAACAUAGAUGUAAUUGUUCAAUGAUAUUUAAAAAUAAAACAUGUGAACCUUG